CUCUGCUCGCCCCGCGGUUCCCGCCGCUUACUUGCAAGUUGCAACACCCCGGUCGUCUCGGGUCGGCGUCUCCCCACUCCGCCGCCGCUCCGCUCGCCCCCAUUUCCUCCCUCCCGCCUCCUGCUCUCGCCUCCCUCCCAGUCAAACCCGCUGGCAGCAAGCGGGUUCCGGCUCCUCGGCUCUGAAACCUCGCGGGCGCGCUCCAGGACUGGAGGGUUCAGAUUGGGGGCCGUUUCUCCGGCGUUCUGCGGCAGAUUGGCUAUUUUGCAUCAUGGAGAGUACAGACAAGGAUGAGAAAAAUCUUGUUGUCACUGAAGAGUGUACUAAUCCUGGAGAAAAUUUUGAAGAUGAAGGGGAUUUAGCAAGGAAAACAGAAAUAUUAAAUGUAGAAGAAUCAACAAAUUCUUCAAAUGUAGGUUUAAGCAAUGAGUCAGAAGCACAGAUCGACGAGGGAGGUAACUCAGAAAAGGACUUAAAUGGACAGAUGAAUGAAUGCGCAAUUUCAGAUGCCAUGGAACCUUUACACUCAAACCAGAUCACAAAAGAUAUUCUUGCGGAAGACAAAUCUGAAGAGCCAGUGUUUGAUGGUACUGAGGUUCCUGAAAUGGAAGAAAUGAGGCGUUCUUCCAAUCAGUCUGCAGAACUUGACUCAGAAGCUCAGAUUUCUGUAAUCAAUGAGCGGGCUGUUGCAAUCAAGAAUUUUGUUAAAGAAAAGAGUGCCAUUGCAGUUUCGACAUUUAUGCGGCGCCUUUCUGGCAAAAAAUAUGAGAAUGAGUUUAAGGUUGAAGUUGACAAGAGUGAUGGUUCAGAAUGCAUCGACAGCGAGAAGACUGGGUCUGAUGCUGAACCUAAACCUAAAGAGGCGCAGCAGAAAACUGAUGAAAGGACUGCUUGGAAUCCACUAAACUUGAUUAAAAUUGGACGAGAUUUUGAUACUUUUAUAACUGGGGAAGCAGGGCCUGAAGAUGCGCCAAAUUUGUCGGAGCAAUCGAAAGCGAAGGGUAGGAUUAUAAUAUACACAAAACUGGGGUGUGAAGAUUGCAAAAUGGUUCGUCUAUUCUUGCAUCAGAAAAGGCUCAAGUAUGUUGAGAUCAACAUUGACAUCUUCCCUAGCAGAAAGUUGGAGUUGGAGAAGAAUACUGGAUCAUCCACUGUACCAAAAGUUUAUUUCAAUGACCUGCUGAUUGGAGGAUUAGUUGAGUUGAAGAAGAUGGAAGAUUCUGACAUACUUGAUGAGAAUAUCAGUGUACUUUUCAAAGAAGAACCCUCAUCUUCUGCUCCCUUACCUCCCUUACCUGGAGAAGAUGAUGAAUCUGGAAGUGGGAAGAUGGAUGAGCUGGCAACCAUUGUCAGAAAGAUGAGAGAGUCAGUCAUUCCUAAAGAUAGAUUUUAUAAGAUGAGAAGAUUUAGUAACUGCUUUCUUGGUAGCGAAGCGGUGGAUUUCUUAUCAGAAGAUCAGUAUAUGGAGAGAGAUGAGGCAGUGGAAUUUGGAAGGAAGCUUGCAAGCAAAUACUUCUUUCGUCAUGUUCUAGAUGAAAAUGUCUUUGAAGAUGGAAAUCACUUAUAUCGUUUCCUGGAUCAUGAACCCAUAGUUAUGACUCAGUGCUACAACAUCCCUAGGGGCAUUAUUGAUGUUGCACCGAAGCCCAUUGCUGAAGUGGCAUCAAGGUUGAGAUUGUUAUCUUAUGCCAUUUUUGAAGCUUAUGUAUCUGUGGAUGGUAGACAUGUUGACUACAGAAGCAUCCAGGGCUGUGAGGAAUUUAAAAGGUAUAUUAGAACAACUGAGGAGCUCCAAAGGGUGGAUAUUGAUGACCUAUCACGUGAAGAAAAGCUAGCUUUCUUCAUAAAUCUCUACAACAUGAUGGCUAUUCAUGCACUGGUGACAUGUGGCGUUCCUGCCGGACCACUGGACAGGAGAAAGUUUUUUGGAGAUUUCAAGUAUGUCAUUGGUGGAUGUGCUUAUUCGCUGUCAGCAAUCCAAAACGGUAUUCUACGUGGCAACCAAAGGCCACCAUACAACAUUGCCAAACCUUUCGGACAAAAAGACCAAAGAUCCAAGGUGGCCCUUCCAUACCAUGAACCUCUUGUUCACUUUGCUUUGGUAUGUGGCACCAAAUCUGGACCUGCACUUAGGUGUUACUCGCCAGGAGAUAUUGAUAAAGAAUUGAUGGAAGCUGCACGUGAUUUCCUAAGGAAUGGUGGACUGAUUGUUGACCCUGAUGCCAAAGUCGCAUCUGCAAGCAAGGUUUUAAAAUGGUAUAGCACAGAUUUUGGCAAGAAUGAGACGGAAGUUCUGAAGCAUGCCGCAAACUAUCUUGAGCCCGCACAGUCAGAGCAGCUCUUGGAACUUCUUGCGAGCACUCAGCUGAAAGUCUUGUACCAACCCUACGACUGGAGCAUAAACAUCUAGAUGCAGCUUGAUGUGCAUCUGCAUGUUCCGGUUACAUUUGCACACCUGUUGUGCAAAGUUCCGUGGUCCGGUGCCGCUCAUGUACCCACAGUUCCCAUUCUGAAGCCGGGUGCACCUCUGACAGAACCUUCUUAUAUUGGGGCAAAAUGGAUGAGUACCAAAUGACCUGAUAUAUGUUGCGUUGGUGUUAGUGGAUGAGCGUUUUGAACCGUUGUUGCGGCCUUCCCCAAUUGGUGAUGCUCAAAUUAUUUGUUAUUGCUGCUAUUCAGUGUCCUGCAGAUUUUCAGAUAGGUGGUGGUGGUGUUAGGAGCAGAUGCCUCGUAGAGCUUACAGAAGAGAGGUAUGCAGGUUAUUCUUGAUUCGGCCAGUGUCUCGAGCGCGCCAGAUGGGCAGGAGCCAGGAGGACGUCUG